AUGUUUCUCGUUAAAACAAUCAAGACAAAAAACUUGAAUUUUGCGUCGGAUUCUGGUUCUAUUUCAUUCCAAGUAUGUGAAUCUAUGUCAUCACCAGUACCUUCUUCAUUAGAAUCGUCAGGUUCAAGACUUGCUGAAUUUCUUGGUGAAGAUGUUAUUAAAGAUAAAGGUCUUUGUUGUCGUUUUGUUAUAGCUAAUGUACCACGUGAUGCACCUGUUACUGAACGUGCUAUUCCAUUAGCUAUAUUUCAAUCUGAACAAUCUAUACGUAAUCAUUAUUUACGUAAAUGGUUACAUUUAUCAACUGUUGAUAAUCUUGAUAUACGUGAAAUUCUUGAUUGGAAUUAUUAUAUUGAUCGUUUUAAUAGUUGUAUACAAAAAAUAAUAACUAUUCCAGCUGCAUUACAAAAUAUUCGUAAUCCAGUACCACGUGUUUCACAUCCUGAUUGGUUACAUAAACGUUUAGUUGAAAAAAA